CAUAUAAUGUACACAAUUCUCCAUCUGAACAGUGAACAGCACUGUGUUGAAAACAUGGCUGAGGAGACAGUGUUAGCGGACACUGGACUGGCACAGCGUGUACUGAUGAUUCUUGGUAUUCGUAGUCUCUUCUACAGUGUUUUCUCUUUCUUGGACAAGACAGUGAGGUCAUGGUGGAUUACCGACUGGCUGCCGUCCUGGUGCCCAACAUCUCAGAGCCAACUGAAGGAGGCAGAAGAGAGGAUGCUGCACUACGUCACAAGCAAGUUCUGCAGGCAGUUUGUUCACAUAUCUGACAAAAAUACACUGUGGACUUUGAUAUUUAAGGGGCCCGUGGACAAUAAAACCCCUCUAGUUCUGCUGCAUGGAUUUGGGAGUGGUGUGGGAUUCUGGGCCUUGAACCUGGACUCUCUCGCUCAGCAGAGGCCCGUUUACGCCUUCGACCUGCUGGGCUUUGGCCGGAGCAGCAGACCUCACUUCAGCAGGGAUGCCCAAGAGGCUGAGCUCCAGUUUGUUGAGUCCAUCGAACAGUGGAGGGAGAAACUGGGCUUGGAAAGUAUGAUUAUGUUGGGCCAUAACCUGGGAGGAUAUCUGGCUGCCUCCUACGCAAUCACAUACCCGGAUAGAGUAAAGCACCUGAUUCUGGUGGAACCGUGGGGGUUUCCAGAACGUCCUGACCCAGGAGAUCAAGAUAGGCCCAUUCCUAUGUGGAUCAAAGCAAUAGGGGCAAUGCUGAGCCCAUUAAACCCCCUCGCUGGUCUCAGAUUGGCUGGACCUUUAGGUCCCACUCUUGUAAAAACUCUGAGACCAGACUUCAAAAAGAAAUUUGCGGCUAUCUUUAAUGACAAUAGAGUCACAGAAUAUAUCUUCCAUCUUAAUGUCCAAAGUCCAAGCGGUGAAACAGCCUAUAAAAACAUGACCAUUCCGUAUGGCUGGGCAAAGAGGCCCAUGCUGCAGAGAAUUGGCCUGAUUCACAGCGACAUCCCCAUUACGGUGAUCUAUGGCUCACGCUCCAGCAUAGAUGGCCACUCCGGCAAUUCAAUCAAAGAAAUGAGGCCAAACUCCCAUGUAGAGAUCAUUGCCAUACGAGGUGCAGGACACUAUGUGUUUGCUGAUCAGCCAGAGGAUUUCAACCAGAAGAUACUUCAUGUCUGUGAAACCAUAAACUGAAGAGUGAUGAUGAAGGUACUUUUCUUCUAGAACUAUCCAAACAUGGCUUUCUGCAGAGCUCCACAUGCACAUACUCUCAUGCGUGUCAGAAAAUGAUCUUUGUUGAGUCUUAUAUUGGGAUCGGAGAGAUUGGAGUCCACUUGGUUUGAAAACCACAUGCUUGUUUUCGACCACUACUGAACCUUUUUUUUGUUGGUCCUAAAUAAUAAGUUUCCAUGUCACAUAAUUAUGAUGAUAUUUAUUUAUUUUUAUCUGUUUAUCUUUGAUUUGGAUAUAAAUAUAUUAUAUUAUAAUAAUUGUUAAUUAUUAUGACAAUCAAUAACAUUUUGUGGUACAUACACUAAGGUAUUUAGUGACCAUAAACAUGUAACUGUGAGCUAUAAGGCACUUUAAUUAACAUACAUUUCCAAAUACAUGUAACAAACGUUCAUGACCCUUUAUCAGACUGUGAGACAGUAGUGAUUGUGUUUUUAGAGCUUUUGAAGCCUUUUUGUUGUUUUCUACCUCAUGAAAUUGUAAAAUAUUCUUUGUUGGGAUCAGAAGGGAGGCAGACAGGUGGAUCAACAGAAAGCAUGUAUAUCCUCCGGUCAUGCAGUUCACUUGUAGCUCUUGUAACCUGUUAUGAGAAGAAUCAUAUGUAAAAUUUCCACAAAAUCUUUUUAAGUGCCUCGAUUUCCAAAAUAUGUGCACAUUUUGUACUGUAAUAUCCUUAACCAUUUAAAGUCCAUCUUGCCUUUAUCUUCGACUGUAGGCUCAGGCGUUUUCCCUAAAAUGUAAAUGGUACUGAGCCCCAGAUCACAGUUUAA